CCAAAUAAAUUGGAGUACAAAGCCGCUGACCCAUCGGCUAUUGUCGGUUUGCCCAGAAUAAUCGUGUACUCUCAUCACAUUAUCACCACAGCAAGCAGAUGUGACAGCGGAUGUGCCGUAGGCUGGGAACACGAGAAUGCUGCCAUCAUCGUACAUAAAUGUCAGCAAGCUCGAUUGUGAUCCCCCCGCGUUUAUCUGCAGUGAGCACAGGCGACAUUCAUAUCAGUAUGUA